AGCUGUAAUCAUUUCCUACAGUGCAGGUGUGGUAUUCCUUAACGAGAGGUCGGUGUUUGAUACCGUUGUGAUAACUUCAUCGUAAAAGCAGUAGUCAAAGCACACGGAAGCAUCUGUGGAAGCUAGAGUAGAAAAACAAAAUGGUGAGUCUGAUUGACAGUUUGUUACCGGAACAAUGGAAGGAAGUUUCUUUAAGCGAAAAAGGAGAUGGUUUUGCUGAAUACCAUCUCAACAGGCAAAGAAACCACCCAGAUCCCAAUACAUUACGUCUUUUCCUAACAAAUGAUGAUGGCGAUCCUACAACGGCCAUGCUCAAAGGAACACAACCAAAUGCAGAUCCAUUUAAAGCCGUGAACGCGUGUGAAUUCAAAUUAAAUGGGGAAGAAGUUGUUGGUAUGGACUUGUGUGGUGAUGUGGUAAUGAAGAAAACGUAACAUUCAUUGAUUAUAAACUGUACUUGUUAAAAUGUGUCUUUAUAUGUUACCAGUGUCCCUCCAACUAUUCCACAAUAUAUGGAACUAUACUCAAUUAUAUUUUUAAAAGUUGUGUAUAUGUAAACAUGUUAGAUCAUGCAAGGAUUUGUAUAGUGUAUUGUAUACAAAUCCUUGGAUCAUGUUACCAUUUCCUGCAGAUCUACAGAGGACAGAAAAUAUGGAACUAUAUUCAAUUAUAUUUUCAACAAUUGAGUAUAUGUAAACAUGUAACAAUUUCAUACAGAUCUACAGAGGACUAAAACAACGACAAAUAAAUUAAGUCUUUCUAAUCAAUAUUGUGAUGAAACAAUUCUCGCUUUUCUUAUUUUGCUUGUACGCUACAAAUUGAUGAAUAAUAAUAAUGUAAUAGAUGAUAAAAAAGCAGUACACAAAGUUAUUAUUUGAUGAUUGCUCAAUAAGGUUAUAACUAUAUGCUUGAAGUUCCUAUUGUCAUAACCAUAUCGUAGUGGUUUGUUCACCUUUUCUUUUUGUUAUUUUUGUAUAUUAAAUAUGUAAAUAA